AUGGGGGGGUCGGUCUAUCGGUCAGUCACACUCCCUGUCUCUCGCAAGCGCCGCGGCCCUCGCCUGUCCCGCCCCGCCGGCCCGGCUCAUGAGGAGGCCCGGGGCGGAGGGAGGCCGGCGCCCGCCGCCGCCGCCGGUCGCUUGGGAGUCCGCGUCCCAGGCAGGAGGGAUGAGACCGCGAAACGGAAGACGAAAAGACCGCCGAGGAGGGGAGGAGGAGGAGGAGGACAGGGGGGAGGGAAGCGAGCCUGCGCCGAAACAUAUAAUAAGGAGAACUGCUACGUCUCCAUUUCAGUCCGCAAGUCCUACCGGCGGAAGGGGAGAGAUUCGCGCUGCGAGCCGGGCCGGGGCUCCAAGGGGGACGAGUCGGGCAGCAGCGCAGCCCCGGUUCCGAGAGCCCACCUCCGGCUAGGACCCAAGAACAGGAAGCCGGCGGCUCCACACGGGCAUCCCGCGGGGCCGGGUUGGCGUGACGGCGGGCCCUGGUUUUGUGACCACUCUCUCUCUCUGCCCCCCCCCCAGGCGCUGCCCCCUAGCGUGGCGGUGGCGGGGGGCUACUGCGCGCUGGUGGCGGCCUUCUUCACAGCCGUGAAGGCGGUGAACUUCCGGCUGCACGCCAUGUUCGACGAGGGCGAGAUCGUGGAGAAGAGGCAGGCCUCCCUGACCCCGGAGAGGGCGGAGGAGGGCGACGGGGGCGCCGGCGCACCCGAGGGGAGCAGACCCAGCCGGGGGGAGGGAGAAGACGAGGAAGCAGGGGAAGAGGAGGAGGAGGAGGGAGGGAGGGACGCCGGGACAGAGCCGCUGUCCCCUCAGGAGGGCCCGGGCGCCGGGGCUUCGGGGGGUUACUCCCCGCUGGGGCCCUCGGGGGAGUCGGAGAGCCUGGGGGACGCCCCGCUCAGCCCCCUGAUCAAGAGCAGCCUGAGCGAGGAGCUGAGCGAGAACCUGCUGGGGCUGGGGCUCGGCUCGGGCGCCUUCCGUCUGAGCAAGGGUCACGCGGCGCUCUUAGCCUGUGCUUCGUCCUUCUCCCCUUGGUCCAGCGCGGGGUCAGGAGGGGGGAAGCCGGAGCCUAUCCCAGCAAUCAGUGGGCGGAAGGCAGGGUACGCCAUGGGGGGGGGGUGGAACGUUCAAACUCCACACAGACAGGACCCCCAAGCGCCAGGUCUCUCUGGCUCCAGCGCCUGUGUGUGUGACCUGCUCUCCUGUGCCUUCCCUCCCUCAGCGGCCGAGCACGAGGAGUCCGGGAAGCAGGAUUCCCUGGGCAGCGUGAAGAGGACCCAGGCCAUCCGCAGGCGGCACAACGCCGGCAGCAACCCCACGCCGCCCCCCUCCACGAUGGGCUCCCCCCCCAGGUGUGCCACCCCCCCGCUGCUCUGUGCCCGUGGCCCUCUGUGCCGGUGUGUCUCAGGCUCUGUGCCCGUGGCCCUCUCGCUUUCUCCCUAUCCUGGUGUGUGUGUGUGUGUGUGUGUGUGUCUCUCGCAGGGCCACAACUGGAUCAUCGCCUACAGCCGGCCGGUGUACUUCUGCCUGUGCUGCACGCUGAUCUGGCUCUUCGACCUGGGCAGCAAGGCCAGGGGCCUGCAGCCCUUCUCCCUGUACGGCAUCACCCUCUUCUCCGCCGACUUCCUGGACGGCGCCAGGAACGUGGUCACCGUGUUCACCCUGUCCUUCCCCGUCAUCUUCCUCUUCGGGCUGCUGCCCCAGGUCAACACCUUCCUCAUGUGCCUGCUGGAGCAGGUGGACAUGCACGUCUUCGGCGGCACAGGUAAAUGGGGGGGUGUGGACCGCGGGGUGGGGGUGGGGGGUGACGAGAGCAGCUCUUGGGUCCCUGGGCUGGAGUUCAUCCAGGGGGAGGGGGAUCCUUCUGUGUGGAGUCUGCCUGGAACGGUGCACGCGAGGCCUCCUGGGAAACGAGCCGGCGCCAAACCCUCUCGUUCUCUCCGGCAGAAGGAGAUCCUGCACUCGGACCUGGUGAUGUGCCCCCUCAUCGCCAUCAUCACCUUCGCCAUCAGCGCCAGCACCGUCUUCAUCGCCCUGCAGCCUGCCCUGAGCGUUGUCCUGUACGCCCUGGCCGGUCUCGUGGGCUUCCUCACCCACUACCUGCUCCCUCAGCUCCGAAAGCAGCUGCCCUGGUUCUGCCUGGCCCACCCCGUGCUGCGGUCCCGCGAGUACAGCCAGUUCGAGGUCCGGGACGCCGCCCAGCUGACGUGGUUCGAGAAGCUGUACGCCUGGCUGCAGUGCGUGGAGAAGUACUUCAUCUACCCCGCGGUCAUCCUCAACUCGCUGACCACCGAGGCCCGCGCCGUCAGCGCCCAGCCGGAGAAGCUGGGCAUCUGCCGCGCCCUCUUCGUCACCAUGGCGGGCAUGAAGCUCCUGCGGGCCUCCUUCUGCGCCCCCUCCCAGCAGUACGUCACGCUGUGCUUCACCGUCCUCUUCUUCCACUUCGACUACCCUCACUACUCCGAGACCUUCCUCCUCGACUACUACUUCAUGUCCAUCGUCUUCAACAAGCUGUGGGACCUGCUGUACAAGCUGCGCUUCGUCCUGACCUACAUCGCGCCCUGGCAGAUCACCUGGGGCUCCGCCUUCCACGCCUUCGCCCAGCCCUUCGCCGUGCCUCAUUCGGCCAUGCUGUUCGUGCAGGCGGUGUUCUCCGCUGUCUUCUCCACGCCGCUCAACCCCGUCCUGGGCAGCGCCGUCUUCGUCACCUCCUACACCCGGCCCGUCAAGUUCUGGGAGCGCGACUACAACACGCGGCGGGUGGAUCACUCCAACACGCGGCUGGCCACGCAACUGGACCGCAACCCAGGCGCGGACGACAACAACCUGAACUCCAUCUUCUACGAGCACCUGACGCGCUCCCUGCAGCACAGCCUGUGCGGGGAUCUCCUGCUGGGCCGCUGGGGCAGCUGCUCCACGGGGGACUGCUUCAUCCUGGCCUCGGACUACCUCAACGCCCUGGUGCACCUCAUCGAGAUCGGCAACGGCCUGGUCACCUUCCAGCUCCGCGGCCUGGAGUUCAGAGGGACGUACUGCCAGCAGAGGGAGGUGGAGGCCAUCACGGAGGGCGUGGAGGAGGACGAGGGCUGCUGCUGCUGCGAGCCGGGUCACCUGCCCCACGUGCUGUCCUUCAACGCGGCCUUCGGGCAGCGCUGGCUGGCCUGGGAGGUGGCCGCCACCAAGUACGUGCUGGAGGGCUACAGCAUCAGCGACAACAACGCCGCCUCCAUGCUGCAGGUGUUCGACCUGCGCAAGAUCCUCAUCACCUACUACGUCAAGAGCAUCAUCUACUACGUGACCCGCUCCCCGAAGCUGGAGGAGUGGCUGGCCAACGAGGCGGUGCAGGAGGCCCUGCGCCCCUGCCAGGCCCCCGGCUACGUGGACAGCGACCCCACCUUCAACCUCAACAUCGACGAGGACUACGACCACCGGGCCGCCGGCAUCACGCCCGCCGCCUUCUGCUCCGUCUACCUGGACUGGAUCCAGUACUGCAGCGGCCGCCGGCAGACGCCCGUGGAGAGCGAGAGGGACUCCCCCUUGCUCGCGCUGUGUUUCGGCCUCUGCAUCCUGGGCCGCCGAGCGCUGGGCACGGCCUCCCACAGCAUGUCGGCCAGCUUGGAGCCCUUCCUCUACGGCCUGCACGCCCUGUUCAAGGGCGAUUUCCGCAUCACCUCUCCCAGGGACGAGUGGGUGUUCGCCGACAUUGACCUCCUGAACCGGGUGGUGGCCCCGGGGGUCCGGAUGUCCCUCAAACUGCACCAGGAUCACUUCACUUCGCCCGACGAGUACGAGGACCCGGCGGUGCUGUACGAUGCCAUCACCGCCAACGAGGACAAGAUGCUGAUCUCCCACGAGGGCGACCCGGUGUGGCGGGGCGCCAUCCUGGCCAACAUGCCCUCCCUCCUGGCCCUGCGCCACGUCAUGGACGACGGCAGCGACGAGUACAAGAUCAUCAUGCUGAACAAGAGGUUCCUCAGCUUCCGGGUCAUCAAGGUGAACCGGGAGUGCGUGCGCGGGCUGUGGGCGGGGCAGCAGCAGGAGCUGGUCUUCCUGCGCAACCGCAACCCCGAGCGCGGCAGCAUCCAGAACGCCAAGCAGGCCCUGCGCAACAUGAUCAACUCCUCCUGCGACCAGCCCAUCGGCUACCCCAUCUACGUCUCCCCGCUCACCACCUCCUACGCCGGCAGGCACGCCCAGCUGCGCGCCGUCUGGGGGGGGCCCGUGAGCCCCCAGAACAUCUACAGCUGGUUCAUCAGCAGCUGGGACAGGCUGCAGAAGGGCUGUGGCGCUGGCUGUAACAGCGGGGGGAACAUCGAGGACUCGGACUGCGGCGGGGGCUCCACCUCCAUCAACCCCCCAGCCCACGCCCCCCAGGGCGGCGGCGGCGGCACCACACAGGGCACGGGCCCCGCCCCCCCUCCCCAGGCCCCGCCCCCGGCCCCGCCCACCACCAUCCAGCCGCCCGCAGGUAAGCGCCGGAGAAUCGGGGUGUCGGGCCCGAACAGGGACGGGGCUCUUGUCUUCCUCGGGGUUUCGAAAUCCCUGUGGAUCCCCCUGCAGCUGAGGCUGCGAUAAGGGUAACGGGGGGUGGGGGGUUCUGGGAUCGAUCCGGGCGAUCUGGGGAUUAUCCCGGCCAGG